AUGUACUCAUUGUCACGAGAUGAAUGGAAUCAGAAUCGAGAAGUCUUAUUCAGGCACUUUUUCUCGGAUAGUUUAUGUGAUGAUCCCGACGACAAGCAGCUCUACGCGAAGCGGCGGCAAUUUGUGGAGAGCUACUUUACACGAUUUCUGAAGACCGGAGGCGCAUGUAAGGACCAUUUUGACUUGGCAAAGAUGGAAAUUGAUGUCCUCGGAAUCCCGCAAGAUUUGAGUAAACGUUAUUUCGUGAUGCAGCAGAAGGAAUUUCCGAAAGCCGGCUAUUCGCUGGGGCAUGCAACGCUUCAAUUCGAGAACGAAACUCGGGCUCGAAAGUUGCGCGAUUUGAGAAAGGCUCAACGAGACUUGCCCAUUUUUGUGCGGAAGGAUGAGAUAUUGAACGCAUUGGCAAAGCAUCAAGUACUCAUCAUUGCUGGCGACACUGGCUGUGGAAAAAGUACGCAAGUACCGCAGUAUCUUCUAAACGCUGGCUACCAUGGCAUUGCAGUCACACAGCCGAGAAGAUUGGCGUGUAUGGCGUUGGCACGGCGUGUUUCCUAUGAAACGCUAAACACCUACGGUAGCGAAGUAGCUUUUCAAAUUCGGUUUGAAUCGACAAGAACGAAACGCACGAAGCUUGUUUUUCUAACUGAGGGAUUGUUGUUGCGUCAGAUGGGAAACGAUGCCCUAUUACAGCAGCAUAAUGUAAUUAUUCUGGACGAGGUGCAUGAGCGACACAUUACGAGUGAUUUGUUAAUUGGGUUACUGCGCGAUUUGGUUCCCGGCCGCCUCUAUCCGAUUAAAUUGCACUACCGCCCAAUAAAACACUUCAUUGAUCCACAAGAAGCGAAAAAGACGAACAAGAUCGAUCCUGAGCCCUUCCUGCGGGUUCUCGAGUUGAUCGAUAAAGAGGUCCCCUCGAACGAACGGGGCGAUGCGUUGAUUUUCCUGAAUGGCGUAUCCGAGAUAACAACAGUUGCUGAAACGCUAAAAACAUAUGCCGAGCUGAAUCGAAAUUGGAUUAUCUUAAUGUUGCAUAGUACUCUGUCAACUGAUGAGCAGGACAAGGUGUUUGACGUGUCGCCGCCCGGCGUGAGGAAAUGCAUUCUCUCAACGAACAUCGCCGAGACAUCCGUGACCAUCGACGGAGUUCGUUUUGUGAUAGACAGUGGAAAGGUGAACCUGAUGCAAUACGAAGCGACAUCGGGUAUGCAACGCCUAUGUGAAUUCUUCGUCAGCAAGGCCAGUGCUGACCAACGGAAGGGACGUGCCGGGCGAACUGGGCCGGGUGUCUGCUACCGCCUUUACUCCCAGGAGCAAUACGAGAAGAUGGACCCGUACACGAUAUCCGAGAUCAACCGCGUCUCGCUAGAGGAUAUGGCCCUGCAGAUGCUCAACUUGAAUCUCGGCUUGGACAUUCGCACGUUCCCUUACAUCGAGCGCCCCAAGGAAGAUACAUUGAACGAAGCGAUGGAGAGGUUGAAAUUCCAGGGAGUCGUUUACGCGGAACGUGAAAAUCACCUCACUGCGCUUGGGAACGCCAUUGCAAAGUUGCCCGUCUCCGUGCCGAUCGCCAAGAUGCUCGUCUAUGGUGCCAUUCUUGAUUGUACGGAAAUGGCGCUGACGGUGGCUGCAGGCUUAUCGAUCCAAAGUCCCUUUACCAAUCGGUCGUUCCGCGACGGGCAAACGAUCGAGAGGCGCGGCCGAAUAUGUAUGCCUGUUGGUGGGGACCCUCUAACGUUGGUCGCUGUUUUCCGGGAUUGGGUGUCAGAAAAAUGUGACGGAAAAUCACGGCGUUGGUCUAACGACAUGGGCGUUGAUGAACAACGGAUGUUCGAGAUUUCAAAGCUCCGUGGGCAAUACAGACAAAUCUUGUCCGACGUCGGUUUGAUUGAAAAGGAAGUCAAUGAAGCUGACGAGGAUGCUCGGCAGCGUAGGAUUGAGAGUGGCGAGAGGCGCAAGCUGAUCGAUAUGAAGCGCGAAGCGAGAAAUAAUGCCGACAAGCGGAAGAAGGUGUUGAAGGUGGACAGACACUACGACCGGAUUUUGGAAGAACGGGAGCAGGAAGAAAUAGAUAAGGAAGGAGACCCGUUGAAGGCUGAUGUGCAUACUGUCGAAUUUUUGUUGCAGCAUAACCAUCGUUCGGUCGACAAGAUUUUGAAAACGCAUCGUCUCGGAGCACGAUCUCGAUCCACGAGAGCUCUUCUUGUGGCCAUUGCCGCCGGGCUCUACCCGCAUUAUUCUAUCAUCGAUCCGCAGAAUACGUACUCGAGAGGAAAAGAACUGUUCACGCACACACGUCUCAAGCCCUUCUGCCAGUUGCAUCCGAAUGGGGUGAUACCUUCGUAUUUUCCAGAGUCGAUUGACCCAUCAGCCGAUGCUCAAGGGAUGGCCAGCGCACAUCAAGUUCUAUUUUACGGCACCCUGCUUGAGACAACAAAAGUCUAUGUCUGCAAUGUAUUGCCAUUGCCGGCAUUGAUACUGCCCUUGGUUGCGAAGAAGGUACUAUGCGACGAUUGGGGCACAAUGUUUAUCGACGACUUUGCCACCUAUCAGUUCGACAAAGAAGCUGAGGGUCGACGAUAUGUAAAGAAAAUCGUUUCGAUCAGAAAAGAUUUAAUGAAAGCAAUUUACUUGCGGUUGCGUGGGAAGGAAAUCGAAUCCCGGCGGCUUGUACGGAAGUUGGAUGACUUUUUCGAAGAUAUCAUGGGGCCAGAGGCACCGACCCUGAAGAUCUCACGAGAGGUCCGUCCCCCAAAAACGCUGCUGGAUACCGGCUUCAUCACCCCGGAAGGGCAGCAAGACUACGAAGACGAUGAUCUGGAGGCAGAGUUUGGGAAAAGUGAUGAAGACGAAGUGGUGGACGAGUCGCAGCAAGUUGCCGACUACCUCAAUCAGCAGAAUCCAACCGGUCCGCCGAACCCUAACAAAAAGGAAGAAGAAGAUGAUGAAGACGAAGAGCCGGUCAAGAAACGUAAAGUUGAGGAGACGUACUACGAGAAAUUGCUUCGAAUGCAGCGAGAGCGCGAAGAGCAACAGGCCAACGCGGGAGAGACAACGGAAACUACUGAAGCU